AUAUUACGUGAUUAUAAACGACAUUGUCUUUCGCGAUCAUAUUUUAGUUAUUUUACCGUGUGCGGACGCCGGACUGUCGCGACUCAGGAUCCGCGGUAAUACCAUCAAUUUUUUGAGUUACUUGUAUAUUUUUCAGUUCGUCUCACUUUUUAAGAGUGUUUUAAAAUGUUUCUAGUGGUUCAUGCUAAUACCUAAAUUAUCGGUACCUAUGGAAUCGUAAUAAAUAUUAUUAUUGUGCAAUAAUUAGUAAUUUCUCGAGUAAUUUACAUCGCAAAUUCGUGCGUUAAUAAAGCCUCCAAAGAUGGAACAAAAGUCAGAACAAACUAUUGAGUUGGAAACCGAAGUUAUAUUAAGAGUGCCAUCGGAUGCUGCUAAUUCGUUAAGAGAGAUAUUAAGAAAAAAUUCCGAUAAACAACUUAGUAUAAAAUUAGAGAAUGAUAUUCGCAGAGGUGAAGUUGUCAUUGGCAAUCAUCACCUAUUUGCAAAGGUUGUUGAUUUACCAACUAUCAUUGAAGGACAAAAAACAAUUGACAACAAGUCUAUAUAUAAAACUGCAGAUAUAUGUCAGAUGAUUAUAUGCAAAGAAAAUGAGGAAUUAUCUCUGUCUGACGAAGAUGAGGUAACAAACUUUUCAAAAAAAAAGGAACCUAAUAAAGUGGAUAAAAAAUAUUUGUGGCCACAUGGUGUAACGCCACCAUUGAAAAAUGUACGAAAACGAAGAUUUCGUAAAACCCUUAUAAAACAAUCUACUGACGGUCCAGAAAUUGAAAAAGAGGUAAAUUAUCUUUUAAAAAGUGAUAGUGAAGCUCUUAGUGUAAAAUGGGAACUAGUAUCCGAAACAGAGGUUCAAAACAAUAGAAUAAGUAAACAAGAACCUUUUAUGCAAGGUGAAAUGUAUAAUGAUCUAAAGCAAGACAUUGCCGAAAAGGAUAUUUUUGGUGAAGCUCUAAGUGAUUCAGAUGAAGAAGUUAGUAAUAUAAAUAUAAUAGAUAUGGAUGAUUAUAUGAGUAAUGACAACAGCCGUUUGUCUGAUACUAAUUCAUUAAUGGAGGAAAAACCUUCAAUUUCUGGAAACAAGAACCUUAUUACAGAGUUUACUAAAGAAAUGUUCAUUUCUGCUGAUGAUUCCAACUAUGAAAUAAAAAAAGAAGGAGGAAUAAGUUCCACAUUUGAUGAAAGUAUGAGUUAUAGAUUUUAUAACGGUGUGGAUUUUAAAUCUGAAUUAGAACUUAGCGAUGAUAAUGAACUUGGUGAUACACUCGUUUUAUCAACAUUAAAAGCUGGAAAUGUGUCUGCUAAUGACAUUAAACAUAAAAUUAAUCAGUUGCAACAAGAAAUUGAAGUACUUAAAGAACGUAAAUCACAACAAGAUUGGGAAAUUGCAAAUAUUGAAAAUAUAAAUUUAAGAGAACGUUUUAUACGUUUAUCUAAUAAUUUAUUUACUGAGCAACUAGAAAAAGAACAACAGAUUCGAGAACUUCAAUCAUUUCAUCUUUAAUUCAGAUUGUAAUUUUAUUUUUAGAUUGGUAUUUACUGUUAUAAAUAAUCAUUUUUUAAUCUUGAUAAGUUCAAUUUACAUCCGUAUUUAUCAAUAAGUAUAUAAAUAAUCAAGUGUCCAUUAUAUAUAUUGAUAUUUUGUUUACACUGAACUAAACAUUUGUAAAUAAAUAUUCAGAAAAUUACUGUAUAAAUUUGAUCAAUAAUCAAUUAAUUAAGUAUGAU